AUGGUUGCCGAAAAGGAGGAAGGAGACGAUGAAGCCGACCAGGCCGAGGCUGGCGUCGAAUCCAUCAUUAUCCGAGCUGUUCCCGAUCCUCCGUUUGAAGCUCAGCGCAGUUCCAUCCAACCUGUGGUGGGCGAUUAUCUGAAGAUGCAGUUUGUUGAGCACCGUGUUGUGCCGACAAUCUUGACUUUCUUUUUCAAGUACCCAUGGAACAACUUCCUCCAUAACGUGGUUUACGACGUUGUUCAGCAGGUCUUCAACGGCCCCAUGGAUCGGGGCUAUAAUCCCACGUUAGCCGUCUCCUUGUUUGAAGCCGCCGACGUCACCACCGCUAUUAUCCGAGGCCAAGUAAUCAGUGACGAGUCGCAGGCCAAGACCAGGACGCGGAUGGGCUAUAUGGGACAUCUGACUCUGAUAGCCGAGGAAGUCGUCAAGUUCACCGAGCGCCAUCCCCUGAGAUCUUUUUCGGUCCUAUACCGACCCUCUAAACAACAACGGAUCCUCGCUGAACCCGCCAUCGAUCCCCCACCGCCGCCGCCGCCUCCGCCCCUGAACAUUCCGCCUUCGAGGGCUCGACUCCAACUUGCCGCGAGGCUCAAGAUGCACCAGCAGCAGCAGGCAGCGGCGACGGCGGCUGCGUCAGCGGCCAUGGACUCGGAGGAUGCCGGACAGCAGAAUGGCGAUUCUGAAAGGGAUAACGACGGUUCGGCGCACUCGGAGCCUGCCGUUCCCGCGCCACUCAGAAACCCUUUUGGCGACGACGCGGACGAGGUGGACAGUGACGAAGAUGACCAUGAUGCCGAUAUGGGCUGGGGAAGAUCGGAAAGGGGAGGCUGGUGGCGUAGCGUGGUUGCGCGGGAGGUAGGCAAUGACCGCGACACUAAUGACUCGGACGAAGUGGAUGAGGAAGAAGACGAAGAGUUUGGCGAUUUUGCCAUGGCUGAAGUCGAUUCGAAGCCCGGACCGACAGUCGUGAGGCCACUUGCGGUGCAUCCACCGUCGUCAGGGAUCGGGCAAAAGUCCGCCUUUGGUGGUUUAUGGCCGUUUACAAACUCGAGCUUCGGCAAUAGCAAGGCCGAUGACGCCGAGGGAGAGGUCGGGAAGUCGGACGAUGCAGAGACGGGCGAGUCUAAGCCUGCUGAUGGCCCGACGGAGGAGACAACCAAGGGGCCGGAGACGAUCUCGACCGCCGUGCCUGAUCCCCAGGUCAGCAACAACUGUAGCAAUAGCAACAGCGCCAACAAUAGCAACGGCAACAACAACAACAAUACCACUACCGAAGCGAAGAAGCGGACGACGCUUGACGAUACGGAUGAUGAAGUGGUGGUAUGA